AUGUCUGGCCGUCCGGCAAUGUCGCCGGCUGACACUAUGGCGUUGCCGGGUCAGCUCAUCUCGGCCACGCUGGCCGAGGUGGAAGAAGGUCAACGCGAGAACAUUGCCUCGGCUCAGAUGGCUCUGGAAGAAAUGCACAAGCAGAUGUCGGUGGAAAACGCACGGAAGCGAGACCGCUCGCGGCAGUACCACGAUAAGAAGAAGGGCGUGCAGAUGGCCCAGUUCGUAGUGGGGGACUAUGUCCUCUACCAGGACGUAUGGGCACACUUGCGCCAGAAGUUGCGGACCAAGUGGUGCGGCCCGGCCGUCGUCACCGAGGUGACCAGCAACUGGGUGUACGACGUCGAGACCCUGCUGACUCACGACGUGCGCCCCGUCCACGCCAGCCGCCUGAAAUUCUACGCGGACUGUGACUUGGACGUGACGUCCGAGCUGCUGGCCCACGUCGCCCACAACUCAGAGGGCUUCGAGGUGGAGGCUAUGGUGGACGCGCGGUACAUCCCCACGACCAACGUUUACGAGCUAUUAAUCAAGUGGCGCGGACUUCAAGACGUGGAAAACUCGUGGGAUCCCGCCGACAACAUCUUCGCCGAUGUACCCGUGAUGUUCAAGGCCUUCUGCAAGGCGGCCAAGUCCGCGUAA